UUCCUUAAAAGUGUGGUUAAAAGUGAAUUUUGAGUUUAGGAGUGGUAUUUUAUUUAACUUUUAAUUGGAAUUAAUCAGAUAAAUUAUUUUUUUGAAAUAUCAGUUUACUGAUGGAUGUUUAUUUAAUGCUUCAUUGUGUUGAAUUCAUUGGUGGUUAAAAUUCUUAAGUUCUAAAACAGAAAUGGUCUUUUAUUUUCAAAGCAAUGUGGUGUCUCCACCAGUGUUACUUUUUAUGGGAGAAGACAAACACGAAAAUGAAGAUUUAAUUAAAUGGGGGUGGCCUGAAGAUGUUUGGUUUCAUGUAGACAAGCUUUCUUCAGCACACGUUUACUUGCGAUUAAAACCGGGUCAAACCCUAGAUGACAUUCCUUCUGCAGUAUUAGAUGAUGCAGCACAACUUGUUAAGGCGAAUAGUAUAACAGGUAAUAAAAUGAAUGAUUUAGAUGUUGUAUAUACAAUGUGGAGUAACUUAAAGAAAACCCCUGCAAUGGAAGUUGGACAAGUAGGUUUUCAUAAGGAAAAGGAGAUUAGAAAAAUAAGAGUUGCUAAAAGGAUUAAUGAAGUUGUCACCAGACUAAAUAAAACAAAGAAGGAGGAACAUCCAGAUUUUAGGGCUGAACGAGAAAAUAGAGACAGAUUGGAAAGAGAAGAUAAAAAAAAGCAGCUGAGAGAGCAGAAAGAGCGAGAAAAAGCUGAAGAAAAGAGAAAACAAGAAGAAGCAGAAUUAAGAAGCUAUUCCACAUUGUUCAACACUGAAAACAUGAAACUUAAUACUGAUGGAUAUGAUUCAGACGACUUUAUGUAAAUAUAAAUAGGUAUAUUGCAACUUAGUUUUUUGUGAAUAAAAUAUCAAAAAAAAUA